AUGAGAGCCAGAAUUUCAGCAUGGCUCUUGUUCUUCUCUCUCCUUGUCACAAGUUAAGCUGUUGAAAUCGGUGCAGCUUAAAACUCAGUCAGGAUUUUGUCAGUUUCUACUAUCUUAGAUACUGAUAAUGCCUAAAGAUAAGGCUCUUUAAAUGGUGGUACAAGAGUUUAUAUCAAAAUGGUUGGUUAAGAUAGUACCAUGGCUUCAAAUAAUAAUGUCUUAAUAGGUCCUUAUCCUUGUAUUAUACCAGAUAUGGGCGUUAAUGAAGUUUUUGUAUCUUGCGUGACUACUGCUGCUUAUGAUAGUACUCAAUAAUGGAAUCUUCCUGUUGUUGUCAAUGUUGUGAAUAGAAGUGCUUCAUAAUGUGCUUAAAAUGAUGCUUCUUUAUGUACUUUCUCUUAUUCUGGAUCCUUUACUCCAAUGGUAGAUAUUAUAUUUCCUCGUGCAGUGCUUCCUAAGUUUGAUUUUGAAUGGUGGGGAACUUUUAGAAUAUCAAAUACAAAAUAAAUCACAAAGAUGCUUGUUGGCUAAUUGCUUUGUGACAGAUUUAAUUUAGGAUUGAAUGAAGAUACUCCAUAUAAUGGUAAUUCUUAUAGUCCAUUAUCUUGCUAAGUAGACUAUUCUCAUCCAGCAGGAUUCUACCUUUCACAAUUUAUUUCUGUUCCAGGCUAGGCUUCUAAUUAAAGCCACCUAACUACUAUUCGUUCCACUACUCUAGAUUCUCCUUAUGAUAUCUAGAUUGUUUCUCAAUAGCCAUCUUAGGGUGUUCAAUAAAAUAUCACUUCAUAAGGAGGUUACCUUACUAUUUAGGCAUCAAAUAUUCCAACAAAUACAUAGAAUGUCACUGUAACUUGGAAUAAUGCAAAUUGUUAAAUUACAGAUUAACAAAUAUCAUCUGGUUAUUUUACAUGCGUAUUACCUAGUGGUUUAAGUAAUCCAACAAUAGAUCAAACCUUGCGUUACGAGUCUGGAUCUGGAGUUCAUUUGCAAGCUUAUAAUACUUCUUCAUGGGAUUUAAAUGGUCUUAUUAAUCAAUAUAAAACAAACUUAUCUUAAUUGACAUUAGCCAAUGAAUCAAUAAUUCCAUCUACUGAGUAUUACUAUGAUUUAGACCCAAAUAUGGAUAAUCUUUAGAGGUAGUUCAUUGUUCUUUAAGGUUACUUUAAUCCUCCAAGAGAUGGAAAUUACUACUUCCAUACUUCUUCCAGCUAUUAAGCUUAAGUUUUGUUUUAAUUUAGUGGAGACAGCACUAUCGAGUCUACGAUGACUACCAUCAAUACUAUUACUUAUGGAACCAACCUUAGAGAUCCUUACUCUUAAAAUUAUGAUCUGUAACAAUCUACUUCAGAUAGUAUUUCUUUGAAGAAAGGAUAAUCUUAUUUCUUUAAAAUAUAUGCCCUUGCAUCGAGCGCUAGUAGCUUUUAUCACAGCACAGGAGUAAGAAUUCCAUCAGGGAACACUAAUAAUUAUAUUAAUACAGUAAGUUAACUAUCUAGAUUUAGGAUUGAUUACUAAUUCACAAAAGAAGUAGUUUCAAUAACAUUUAAAGACAGAACUACUGCUACAAAAACUACUUUUGGAAUGAAUUUCAUUUACCCAUAUGGAGCUUAAAUAAGUAAGCAAGCUUAGUAAUGGGUAAUAACAAGUUAGUAAUACAACAGAGAUACUCCUUGUUCUACUAUCAUUUGGCACUUCAAUGUCUAUAGUGGAGCAAACAGCACAUGUACUUAAACAGAUGUCACAGAUUCCAAUAACAAUAAGAUAGGUACUACAUGGCAACUAACUUUUUAAUAUCAUCGUCAAUAUGAUGUAUAGCCAACAUUUGUUUUUAAUAAAACUACAACAGAUUCUCCUGUUUAUAAUGUUAUCACUCCUGUAGGUCCUCCUUUAUCAGGAACUUUCCGUUUAAAAAUAAAUGGUAACUAUGUAUAGAUAAAUAAAAGCCCUGAUAUCCCAUAUAAUAUUUAUGAAUGGCAGCUUUGCUCUGGAAUUUAACAAAUUCUUCAAACCUCAAAUAUUGCAUGCUCUCGUAACAUUAACUUUGUAGAUGGUUCUCAGUGGUAUUUUGAUUUUUAUGGUAUAACCUCAAAAAUAUUAGUAGAGGCUGAAUCUUAAUUAGUUGGUUAAUCUGGAGCUAUUAACCUCUACGUAGAUACUCUUAGAUAAGCAUCUAACUCCUACUUAUACUAUGCAGCAAUAGAAAAUGAAUUAAUUACUCAAAGAUCAGCUUAACCUUAUGCAGCAAUAAAGGUUAAUGGCGUUUUAACUUUAGCUUCCUUAACAAAUUAAUAGCUUAUUGUUAAUGUCUUGAGUGAUUCUUAAGCUAUUAGUUAUACCAAAUUUGAUGAUGAUAAUGCAUCAUCGACGUUAACCAUAAGUGAAAUUUAAGCAAAUGGAUUUAAUCCAAUUAUUUCUAACUUUACAAUUUAUUAUAACGGUAUUAAAUGUAUAAUUACUACUCCACUUUCAUCCACAUUUUCAGGAACAUUGAAAGCUACUUAUCUAAGUAAAGUUGCAGGAAUUUAUAAGCCUGUAAUUUUCUACCAAUCAAAUGGUAUAGCUCUUUCAAGCUAAGUAAGUGCAGUAACUUAAAAUCCUAUAGUAACUUAACUCAGCUCGACUACCAUUUACACUUAUGGUGGUACAACUUUAACUUUAACUGGUAAAUACUUCCCUAAUUCUAUUGAUAAUAACUUAAAAGUUACUUUUGGUUAAAUUUCAGCAAGUAUUUAAUCUGCAACAAAUACUUAAAUAGUAGUCUUGAGUCCAAGUGGACUUUCAGAGGGUACUAUUAGUGUAAUAGUUACUUACAAUGGAUUAAGUAGCAAUAGUGUUUCAGUGACAGUAAGCAAUAAUAAUGCAAUAACAUUAACUAAUAUUGAUAAAAAACUAGCUUCUCCAGUUGAUAAAACGCUAAUUACCGUAUAAGGAACUAAUUUUGGUAAUGAUUCUUCAAAAUUAUAAGCCUUCCUAGAUGCUGUAGACUCAAAUGGUAACCUUGUUACUUAUGGUAAAUAUUAAGUCAACGUAGUCACUGCUACCGAUACAAAAAUAUAAAUUCUCCUUGGUGGAGGACUACCUGGUAAAUACUAGCUCAGGGUUGUUUAAGUAGGAUUUGGAAGUAACAUUCCUACUGAUGGAGUUGUUAACCUUAUUGAAUAUAAUAUUUUAAUUAAUUCUUUCAGUUUAAAUAAAGUAUCUGCUUAUGGAGGAGCUUAGCUGAUAAUAAACGGAGUAAACUUUUCUUCUUCACUGACUGACAACUAAGUUUUAGUUGUAUAUAGCAAAACAGAUUCAGAAAUUUGUAUUUUAUAAGCUGCUUCUUCUACUAGUAUAACAUGUACACUUCCUAACAUGUAUUAGCAUCUACCAUUAGGAACCACUAGUGAAUCUUUUGAGAUAGAAGUUUGGGGAAAAUUAAUUGUUAAGGCUAUUGUGGAUCCUUCUUCUUCUUCAUUUACCCCAUCAAUCACUUUUGAUUCAAGCUUAGGAAUUUAAGUAGGUACAGUCAACAAUUAAUGGUAGCGUUUUAAUUCUUAAUAUUCCAUUAAUGGAACUAAUAUUCCAACAGAUGCUAAGACCUUCUCAGUUAUUAUAAUUGGAUAUGAAAAUAUUCCCAUUACUAUUAAUUCUUCGAACUCAACUUUAGUAACAUAUACUACUCCAAAUUUACCUUCAGGUGAUUAUAAUAUAGUUCUGCGCACUGUGGUUGGUGACAGCUCUUACUUGAAAAUUACUAUCCAAGAAUAUACCUACCCCUUAGCAUCUUCUUAACUUUACACCAUUUCAAGCUAAGGAGCAGAAAUAAGCUUAGUCAUGUCAGGAAAUAUACCUGGAUAAAAUCCAAUUUUUAAAUUCAAUGGAUUAUAAGCUACUCUUCUGCAAUACAACAAUUCAACUGGCCAAGUAACAAUAAGACUUCCUUCUAGUCCAGUUGGUUCAAACUAUUAGUUGCUUUCUGUAAGAAGCCCUCUAGUACCUUUAACUGGCAAAGGGAAUUUACCUUGGGUAACUCACUAAACAGCAUUUACUGUCAUAGCUCCAAACUGGAGUGUAAGUUAAGUUUAAGUAAACGGAAAUAUACUGAGUAUUACUGGUAAUGGCAUAAGUGCUUUGAAAUAAGCAUAUUUAUAAUAGAGCACAAAUAAUAAUUAAUAAAUUGUAUCAACAAGCAUUACAAGUUAGACUAACACAGGAGCUACUAUAACUUUUGCAAAUGCUCCAGCUGGAACUUACUAACUUUAUUUAUUAGAUUCUUCUAAUAAUUAUCCCUCUUUUUCUAAUAACAGUAAUUAGGUAUAAAUUAGCCUUUAAAAUCUUUCUAGUUCAUAAACCACUUCAUCUUAUGCUGGUGGAUAAACUUUGACAAUAAAUGGAUCUGGAUUUAAUACAAACAAUAUCAGCCAAAAUUUAGUUACUAUUUGUGGAAACUAAGCUACUGUCUAAAGUGCUAGCUCUUCCUCUUUAGUAAUAACUACUCCACCUGCUUAUUCAGUUUAAGCUCUAAGUAAUUAUAAAUUUCCUUCUGAUUAAGUUAAUCCAUUAGCUGGAUUCACUACUUUUGGUAAUGAUCCUAAUGGAAAUUCUUAAUAUCUUGCAGAUGGAGAUUUGCUUUUUUACUAUUCAAAUUCCUAAGGAGGCUCUUGCUUUUGUGGUUUAAAUUUUGGUACAACAUAUGUCGUUUUAAGUAAAUUCUAAUUAUAUCCUCGUUCAUAAGGAGUGACUGAUGCAUCAUUAUUUUUUGGUACUGUUUUCCAAGGUUCAGUUGAUGGUACUAACUGGGUAACACUUUUGACAAUUGGAACUGAUUUCCACUUAGGUAAAAACAUGUAUUUAAUAGAUACAUUGGUUUCAAAUGUUUAAUAAACUUAGAAAAAGAAUCUUCAAGGAGCCUACACAUAAUUUAGAUUAUUUGAUUAAUCAGGUUUAUCUAAUUGCCAAAUGGUAGAAAUUUAACUCUUUGGUUGGAAGAGAAGUGCAGUAGUUGAGAGCGGUACUACUCUUGCAUGCCCUGUUUCAGUUUCUGUAAAUGGCUCACCUAUUUUCUCAUUAGCUAAUAAUGUAAUUUAUGACUAAUAAAUAACUUACAUAGUUCAAUCAAUUACCCCAAGUUAUGGUAGUAUUUCUGGUGGAACAUUAGUAACAAUAAGUCUAGACAGAGCCCCUGAUUCUUCAGCUAAAAUAUCAGUUUUUAUUGACGGAAUAAUUUGCAGUGAUCCAAAAAUAUCUUAAUCAUCAAUUUCUUGUCAAACUGGACCAAAAUCUAGCUCUGCAAACUCUUCUUUAGUUGUAUAAAUAAACUCAUAUCUUGCAGUAAACAAUGGAAUAAUUUUCUAUUAUGGAAACCUUUGGUCUAGCGCAUCUACAUGGGGUAAUGAUUUUGCUCCUAUAGCAGGUGAUAUAGUUUAUGUAAACAAUGGAAAGAGCUUAAUAGUAGAUGUUCCAUAUGUAGGUAUUCUAAAUACAAUAGUUAUAUAGAAUGCGAACCUUAUUUUCGCUAAUAAUAUGAACAUCCAUUUAGAAACUAAUAGUAUCUUAGUUUAAUCAGGUAAUGUAGUUAUAGGUACUCAAAGCUCACCUGUGACUGGUAAUGUAAGAAUUACACUUUACGGAUAGUAGUCAGACAAAUAAUUCCCUACAGUAGGUAACAAAGGUCUUUCUAUUUACAAUGGUAGUAUUGAUAUAUAAGGUUAGACACGUGCUGUUACAUGGACUGAGCUUUCUGCGACUGCAAAUGUUGGUGAAACUAGUAUUCAAGUAUUUAUGAAUGAUCCUGCUUUUGAUUGGUAAAUAGGAGAAGAAAUCGUAAUUGCCUCUACUGAUUAUGUUGAUGGACACUCUGAGCGCCGUAUAAUUACAAAUAUUUCCAAAAAUGCUGAUGGAAAAACUGUUACAAUUUCAUUUGUUUAGCCUCUGCUUGUAUAGCAUGUGAGUGUUACAGGAGAGUCUUACAAAAGUGGUCAGUUCUUAGUAAAUAUGAGAGCUGAAGUUGGUCUUCUUACACGUAAUGUAGUUUUUGAAGGUGAUCAAUCUUCAAUAGCAACUCGCUAUGGUGCUCAUUUAAUGCUUCAUGGAUCUCAAACAAGUGCUCGCAUAAGAUAUGCUGAAUUCAGAUAUACUGGGCAACCAGCUAUAAUUGGCAGAUAUCCAAUCCAUUUCCAUAUGGUUGGAGAUGUCUCUGGAUCAGUUGUUGAAGGUAACGCUAUCCAUGAUUCAUUUGCAAGAGCUGUCACAAUUCAUGCUACUCAUUAUCUUCAUGUAAAGAAUAAUGUUGCUUUUAAUAAUGCAGGCCAUAAUAUUUUCCUAGAAGAUGGUAUUGAAACAAAUAAUUUAAUUGAAUACAAUUUAAUUUUAGGUACCAUUUAAGUGUGGUCGAUGCUUUAGUCUGAUAUUACUCCAGGGUCAUAUUGGAUCACUAAUCCUCUAAAUUAUGUAUCAAAUAAUAGAGCUGCUGGUGGUGACUUCUAUGGAUUUUGGUAUGAAAUUAAAGAACAUCCUGAUGGCCCAUCAGCUAGAAAUGAUAUUUGUCCUCAAGGCAUGGGAUUAGGAUUAUUCACUAAUAAUGUUGCUCAUUCUUACGACCGUUUUGGUCUUAGGAUUUUUGUCAUGACAAACCUCUAAUAUCCUUGUAAUCCAUAUAGAGAUGACACUUAGCCAAACCCUUUCGUUAACAAUACUUCCUUCACUAUUACUUGGUCUAAUUUUGUUGCAUACAGAAAUAACGAAGAUGGUGUUUUGGCUGAAGAAGUAGGAAAUAUGAUUUUUAACAAUUUCACUCUUGUUGGAAAUAAGUAAUCAGGCUUUAACUCAUAUUUGACUAAUAGAACUGAUGAAUAUGUUAUAUUGCAAAAUUCAUUAAUUGUUGGUCAAUCAGUUGGUAAUCCUGCAGAUGUUUCUGAUCUUCAAAGCUCUUACGGGUUAAUAACUCCUCGUACAGAUGGCUUCAAAGUUUAAAGUGUUCACUUUGCUAAUUUUAUUUAAAAUAUGAAAGUAUUUAAAUCUUGUUCUUUUUGCUGGCACUUUAAGAAGUGGGUCUAAGGAGGAAAGCUCACUUUAUUUAGUCAAAUUACUUAUGAAAGCAUAAGUACUAACAAUUACAUGUAUUGGGAUAACUGGCGCAGAGAAAUAUACCAAGAUUUAGAUGGUUCAUUAUCAGGCAAAGGUAGUUAAUAAUGGAUUACCCCAGCUGGACCUCACCUUGUAAAUCAAAAAUCUUGCUAAACAUCAUCGUAAGACAUGAUUAAGUGGAAUAAUGCAGUAAUUUGUAGUCAGCAAGUAGUCAGAAUAGAAUUUAGCAAUCCUGUUGACUCUAAUAAUUUUAGAUCUAAAGCUUUAUAUGUUCUCCCAUGUGAUUCAACUGGAAAAGGUUACGGUGGAACUAGUAAUACUGAUUAUUACAUAUCCAAAUCAGUUAAAAUUGAAAAUGCAGCUGGUGAUUUAACUCUAGGAUUUGUUGGUACUUUCUUAACUGGAUAAAUAUUUUAAGUUUAAUGGGAGAUGUCAUAAAUCGAUUUUACUCACUUUAGUAUUGGACUUUCUCCUUAUCACACUGGUACUUCUGCAUCGGACACUAUACUUAUAAAAUUUCCAAUAAACGAUUUCAGAGAAACAUGGUAAAACUUCUAAAUGAUUGCAGGAGUUAAUGUUUAGCUUUAUAAAAAUAUUACAUCUGGGCAAGACCCAACAGCUCUUGCUAAUCUUAAAACCUUAAACUGUAAUCAUGGAGAUUGGUUUAAUGAUAUAGUUGGCUAAGCACUAUGGCUAUGUCUUAAUGCUAAAAAUAGGCCAAAAGCAACCAACUUGCAAUAUCUUGAAAGAGUAGAUCUAAAUGCUCUAAGUUGCUUAGCAAAUUGUCCCCUCCCUCCUGGCUAAUGUAAAAAGGAUGGAGUAUUAAGAAGGAUAAGUAAUUUAGCUACAUGGCAAGGAGUUUCUAUUGACGGAAAUCCAGGACCUACAAUAAAUUCAUCUGGUAAUAGCACAUUAUGGAUACCUUGUCCUUGGGAAGUUGUAGUUGAUUAAGAUUUAACAAAGUACACAUAGAUUAUAGUUGAAGGUAAUCUAAGAAUUGACCCUACAAAGAAUGUAAAUAUACAAGCUAACGGUAUUUGGCUUAAAGGAGGUCUAUUUAUUGCAGAAGGUUCUACACCAGGCUCUCCUUAUACUUAUAAUCUGAAUAUUUAACUGAAUGGCAACUAGGAUUAACCUACUUAAUUUGUCAUAGACCCUUUAGUUGAUGUUGGAAAUAAAGUAAUUCUGAAUACUGGUAACUUUACACUUAUAGGAAACCCUCCUUCAACAACAUAUACUUAAUUGGCAGCUUCUGCAAAUCCUGGUGAUAGCUCAAUAACUGUUGUAAGUGUAAAUGGAUGGAGUGUUGAAGAUAUAAUAGCAGUUGCUCCAACACAACUUGAUGCAACUGAAAAUGAAAUUUUCAGUAUUCAAUAAAUUAAUGGCAAUGUCGUAACUUUAAACUCAACUAUAUAAUUUUAUCAUUACGGUGCUUAAAGCAUCACUUUACAAGAAACUUGGGGAUCUUACUCUUAGUAAUUAGAUUUAAGAGCUUAAGUUUUGCAUUUAAAUCGUAACAUAAAAAUAGUUGGAUCUCCAGUAAGUACUGGUAUUCCUUGGGGUUGUAGAGUUCUUUCUCAUUAUUGGCAAAUUCUCGCUGAUGCUAGUGGUAAUCCUCUUCCUCCUGAAAAGUAGCUUCACUUAAGAGGCAUACUCACGUGGAAUGGUGUUGAAAUGAGAAAUUGUGGUUAAGCUGAUACUUCUCGUGGUGGAAUUGAUUUCAGAAACUGUACGUCUGAUGCAAACAAUCAAAUAAUUAGUAAUGUGAUCAACUCAAGCUUCCAUGAUUGUCCUGGGUACUGUGCUAAUAUUGAUACAUCAUCUAAUAUUAACAUUUCAAAUAAUAACUUCUUUAGAGGGAAACCAAUAUUCUUAGGACUAAAUUACCCAAAGAAUGUCACAAUAUCUAAAAACAUAUUCGUUGCUGCUCUAAAGCGUGAUUAUCAGUAUAGUGUCGCAGGUAUGUUAUAUGAUAUGAAUACUGCUAUUUAUUUCUUAUCAACUUAAGAUCCUACUGCUGAUUCCAUUCUUAUUAGCUAAAACAUAGUGUAAGGAUCUCAAGGUCCUUGCUUAUCUCUAGUUUAAACUCCUUGCUCAAGUGUUUCUAAAAUAUCUUCAAAUCUUGGUGUUUGGGGAAAUCAAGCAUAAACUUGUUUAGUAGGUGUCUUAUUCAAACAAACUCUGAAUGGUUGCUAGUGGGCAGGUAAAAUAGCAGUUGCUCGUUCAGUUAAAGGUAUUAUGGUUAAUCCAACUCAACCUAGUCUCAUAGUUGAACAUGUACUUGCUGCAGAAUCAAAUCGUUCAGUAAUUCUUCGUUUUGCACAUUAAGGAUAUCGUAAUGUAGGUGUUUUCUAAAACUCAUCUAUUUUUGGCGUUGCAAUCACAAACGACCCAACAGCUUAUGAUAGUUCUACAAAAGCCUAAGUUUGCUAAGGAGGAUCAGGCACAUAAAACUUAGUUGUUACUGAAGGUGGUGAGGACUUCCCAUUAAAAACUAUGCCUCUUUCUUUUGAUGUAAUUUGCAAUUCGGAAGUUUUUGAUGCCUCUCUUUAUCAAGUUAAUGUUAAAUAUGUUAACUUUAAGAAAACUUAUAAUGACGCCAAUUUUAAGUCUUGUGCCAACAAUUUCAUGAUGGUUACACAUCCUAGUGCUUCAGAUCAUACAGCUGGUACAUAUAAUCAAAAUGUGACUUGCGUUAACUGUUCAACUGAAGCUUACUUCAAUUUUAUGUCACCUAAUCCAGCUUGGGCAGGUUGGUUUGGAGGUUGUGGACUUUUCUUAUGUACAGGUCCAGAUAAUGUCCUAAAUGUUGAUUUUACAGGCAGUCUUUUCAAUAAUAUUCCUUCUUCUGGUAUAUCUCAUAACAAAGGAAUAGCCAAUAAAAAUUGUAUUUCUUAACCAAAUUGGAAUAACGCUUACUAAUGUCCUGGCACAAAUUAUGCAUAGCUUGAAUGGUAGUCAGAAUCUCCAGAUCAUAAUAAAAGAUCAACAGCUCCUUGUUAACUCACAUCCUUAGAUGGAAGCUACACAAAUAAAAUCAACAUGUUUAGAGAAUGGUAAUGGGAUGGUAAUGAACCUAUGAAUUUAAGAGAAAAUAGAUACUAUGCUACAGUACUCUUAAAUACCACCUAUAAUAUUCAAUAUAAUGGUUUAAAUCCUUAUAAUAUUAUUCAUAGGAUACAAUAAAGAACAAAUGAUAAUAUAGGUGAACCUAAUGCAUGGGUUAUCUUUAAUUCUUAAUACAGCGUCCCAUAGAAUAUUGAAGUGUCUAUAGAUGGUGGAGCUGUUGUAGAACCGUUCCUUGUUAGUGAUAAUGUGGAUCUUACAAAAAAUACCACUUGUGGAGCUAAUAUUUAUAAUUAUGAAACUAGAACAAUUUCAUUCGUAAUAAACGGUGCAGCAAAUUGUUUGGUACGUGUGUAAAUUCUUGAUACUGUACGUAUUCAAAUAAAAGUAUCUAUAUCAAAUGAAGAAUUCUUCAAAAAUAACAAUAAAUUUAGUUUUAUAUCUGCUAUUGCAUCAUUCCUAGGAAUAUAAGAUUUUUCUCGUAUAAAAGUGGUAGGUGCAGCUACAGGAAGUAGAUUCUUACAAAGUGGUUCUAUUAUUUAAAGCUAAAAAACAUCUUCAUCAAGCAGUUAAGGAUUUAAUCUAGCAAUUGAUAUCACUAACAAAUCAAGUGGUGGUUCAAUAAAUCCAGAUACUGUACAUUAAGAUCUUAUGAACAAAGCUAAUUAAUUAUAGGCUGGUUUCGCAAAUAAUAAUAUUCCAGGAAUUAAAGCAAACACAUUUACUGUUGUUUCAACUCAAGUUAUGGUUUCAUCAGAUUCAAAUGGUGGUAUUUAUGGCUAAAACAGCAGUAAUAAUAAUCCAACUAUAUAAGAAUCUUCAUAAAAUUCAUCUAAUAAUACUUUAGCAAUCAUAUUAGGUGUUGUAUUAGGUUUCCUUGCUAUUUUAAUUGUAAUAGCAGGGUUUAUAGCUUAUAAGAAAUACAAAAAGAGCAAGAUAAUACAAAAUAAAAAUAAUGUUGAAGGAGAAAAGUUAGUUGAAAUAGAUUCUAUCAAAUCUGAGCCUCAAAAAGAAAACGUCAAAGAAAAUCUAGAUAACUAACUCCAACCAAUCAACCUAGAUUCAGCAAACAAUUAUGCUUAAACAAUGAAUUUAGAUCCCAUAAUUCCUGCUGAUUAAGAAAUUCAUUAGAUACCAUUAUAAGGAAUUGUAAAUCAGAGUCCAUUUUUAAAAUGA